UUAAAGCAAUACCUUUUCAUGGAGAAGUGGAAUCAAAUUUCAAAUGAUUCCAUUUUGUUGGGGCUUUUCCCCCCAAAUCAAACUGGCCUGCUGCUCUUGCUCCUUAUCAUCCUCGUAUUCUUUCUGGCCUCGGUGGGUAACUCAACCAUGAUUCACCUCAUCCACAUGGAUCCCCGUCUCCACACACCCAUGUACUUUCUCCUCAGACAACGCUCCCUCAUGGACCUGAUAUAUAUCUCUACCACCAUCCCCAAGAUGGCGCUCAACUUCCUCUCUGGCCAGAAAGGCAUAUCUUUCUUAGGAUGUGGUGUGCAAAGCUUCUUCUUGACAAUGGCCUGUUCUGAAUGUUUACUCGUGGCCUCCAUGGCCUAUGACCGUUAUGUGGCCAUCUGUCACCCCCUCCAUUAUCCCAACCGUAUGAAGAUGUGUGUCCAGAUGAUCAUAGGAUCUUGGAUAUUAGGGUCCAUCAACUCCUUGGCACACACAAUUUAUGCCCUUCAUAUUCCUUACUGCUGGUCCAGGGCCAUUGAUCAUUUCUUUUGUGAUGUCCCAGCCAUGUUGCCUCUUGCAUGUAUGGACACCUGGGUCUAUGAGUACAUGGUUUUUGUGAGCAAUAGUCUCUUUCUCCUCCUUCCUUUCCUUGGCAUCACUGCAUCCUAUGGCAGAGUCCUUUUGGCUGUCUACCAUGUGCGCUCUAAAGAGGGAAGGAAAAAGGCCUUCACCACCUGUUGAACUCAUUUAACUGUAGUUAUCUUUUACUAUGUACCAUUUGUUUACACCUAUCUUUGGCCCAGGAAUCUCUGCUCACCAGUAGAAGAUAAGAUUUUGGCCGAUUUUUACACCAUCCUCACUCCCAUGCUCAAUCCCAUUAUCUAUAGCCUGAGAAAUAAGGAAGUCCUGGGCACCAUGACAAGAGUGUUUAGAAUAUUCUCUUCCAAGAAGGAAUAGUCGUGGCUCUCCUUGCUCUUUUUUCUACUCACAAGCACCCUAUAGGACAGAGUAGAACUGUCCCAUAGGGUUUACAAGGAGUGGCUGGUAGAUUUGAACAGCCAGCCUUUUGUUUUACUCCUUUUUAGCAUGUAUAUCAUGACUAUAAUUGACAUCUGGAGUCCAUCCUGUCCUAGUCUCCUUUUAUAAAACUAU